AUCAAGAACAGAAAGGACCGAAGAGUAACUUUAAUAUGUUUCUUAUACGGCAGACAUUAACUAUCUCUCUAAUUGCCCCUCCUCCUCCCCCAAAAGAGAAAAUGUAAGGGAGAGGCUUUGAGAUAAAACCCCAGGAAGAACUUCCCGAGUCUGUGCAUGUUGGGGCAGAAAGAGCGGCAGAGCCAACUCCUUGCCUGCUCCUCAGCACCUGUUGACUUCACUAGCAGUUUUUUCUCCUCCUCUUUCCUGCACUCCCCAGAACCAAAGAAUGUGAAGGGGGUCAAUGGAGGGCUCACGUCCCCGCGCCCUGGGCGGCCACGUAGCGCCGUCACCGCCGGCCUUCGACGGCGAACUGGAUCUGCAGCGCUAUUCCAACGGGCCGGGCGUGAGCGCGGGGUCGCCUGGGAUGGGCGCGGUGGCCUGGUCUGAGAGUCGUGCGGGCGAAAGGCGUUUCCCUUGCCCUGUAUGCGGGAAGCGCUUCCGUUUCAACUCCAUCCUGGCGCUGCACUUGCGGGCGCACCCUGGCGCCCAGGCCUUCCAGUGCCCGCAUUGUGGCCACCGCACUGCGCAGCGAGCUCUGCUGCGCUCGCAUCUGCGCACGCACCAACCGGAGCGCCCGCGUAGCCCCGCCGCGCGCCUGCUGCUAGAACUAGAGGAGCGCGCGCUGCUGCGCGAGGCCCGCCUGGGGAGAGCCCGGGGCUCAGGAGGUGUGCAGGCCCCCUCCGCCACCGAGGGCCUGACGCGGCCCCAGUCUACUGCGUCGUCUGCCUUCCGUUGUCCUUUCUGCAAAGGCAAGUUUCGCACCGCGGCGGAGCGGGAACGUCACCUGCACAUCCUCCACAGGCCUUGGAAAUGCGGCCUGUGUAGUUUCGGCUCCAGCCAGGAGGAGGAGCUACUGCACCACAGCUUGACAGCCCACGGGGCUGCCGAGCGCCCCCUGGCGGCCACCUCCGCUGCGCCCCAGUCUCAGCCUCCACCCGAGCCAGAACCCAAAUCUGUUCUAGAGCCGGAGGCAACGCCCGCCCCCGCUCCCGCUGCUCCCGAUGAGCCCCCAGCGCCUCCAGAGUUCCGCUGCCAAGUGUGCGGCCAAAGCUUUACGCAGUCCUGGUUUCUCAAGGGCCACAUGCGCAAGCACAAGGCUUCCUUCGAUCAUGCAUGUCCCGUGUGCGGCCGCUGCUUCAAGGAGCCCUGGUUCCUAAAAAACCACAUGAAGGUGCACGCCAGCAAGCUGGGCCCACUGAGUGCCCCGGGGCCUGGAUCCGGGCCUACCCGGGCCCCCCAGCCUCCUGACCUGGGUCUGCUGGCCUAUGAGCCGCUGGGCCCCGCGCUGCUCUUGGCCCCGGCGCCCGCCCCAGCUGAGCGUCGCGAGCCCCCAAGCCUCCUAGGCUACCUGAGCCUGCGAGCUGGCGAGGCCCGACCCAAUGGCGAGGGCACUGAGUCUGGGCCCAGCCGCAGCUUCGGAGGCUUCCGCCCUCUGCCUUCGGCUCUCCCCGCUCGGGCUCGCCGGCACCGAGCCGCGAAACCGGAGGAAGAAGAGGAGGUGGUGGAGGCGGAGGAGGAGACCUGGACCCGGAACAGGGCGCUGGGCCCUCUGGCUUCGCUGCACCCACGCCCAGGCGAGGGGCAGGGGCACUCUGUGCCUGCAGCGGGGGCCCAGGCAAGAUCAACGGUCACGCAGGAAGAGAACGGGCUGUUGAUUGGAGGGACUCGGCCGGAAGGGGGCCGGGGAGCCACUGGGAAGGAUUGUCCUUUCUGCGGAAAAUCUUUCCGCUCGGCGCAUCACCUCAAAGUGCAUCUUCGAGUGCACACAGGCGAGCGCCCCUACAAGUGUCCACAUUGCGACUACGCGGGCACCCAGUCCGGCUCGCUCAAGUAUCACCUGCAGCGCCACCACCGGGAGCAAAGGAGCGGGGCAGGCCCCGGGCCACCCCCAGAGCCGCCGCCCUCUUCCCAGCGAGGUUCGGCCCCGUCUUCUGGGGCCAAAGUGGCUCUGCAGCCUGCGACCUGGGUGGAGGGCGCAGCGAGCCCCCGGCCUCCUUCAAGUGGCGCCGUGCCCGGGUCGCGUCGGAAGCCGGCUAGCCCCGGGAGGACCCUUCGCAACGGGCGAGGCGGUGAGGCUGAGCCCCUGGACCUGUCCCUGCGGGCGGGGCCAGGAGGCGAGGCCGGGCCUGGGGGCACCCUCCAUCGCUGCCUCUUCUGCCCCUUCGCCACCGGAGCCCCUGAGCUCAUGGCCUUGCACCUGCAAGUACAUCACAGCCGUCGAGCUCGGGGCCGCCGGCCGCCCCAGGCCGACACGUCCCCACCCUAUACCCGAGCACCAUCAGGGGAGACCCCUCCCAGUCCUCCUGAGGAAGGGGAGGAGGGCCUCGGGCUGUCGAGAUCGGGAGAGGCCGGGCUAGGGGGGCAAGAACGGUAGGACUCCCUUAGGAGCCGUUAGCUUAGUGAGCUUACCCCGCCGGAGCAGGGGAGCGCUAGGGGUAGUUGGAUAGGGCAGCCAGCAGGGGGCAGCGUGGGACCCAUAUCCCGGCCCCAGGCGGACCAGAGGUGGAGGGGCAGGGGGCGUAGGAGGGUGGGCGAGAGGUACCCACUCAGCCCAGAGGAGAGUCACAGUGCCUUAGAAGUGGCAGGGGUGAGGGUCAAAGAAUGGGGUCCCAGGAUUGGCAGAGAGAGUUGUGGCCCUGUAGAGGAGCCGCUCUGCCAGUCUUUGCUGGUCCAUAGGCGUGAGAGUUUAUUUUUGUACAACGGGUGGGGGUGGGGGGCCCUGUACCCUUCUAGCCCCAUCAGGGGUCCUGUAGACGUCGCUAUUUUUGGUACGAUCCCUGUGGCAGAGUCGUGUCCCCAAUAAACAGAUGUCUUGAGGCACAGGGCGCUGUGUCUGUCUAUGUCCUG